GCCAGCACGAAAGUCCCGGAAAGGGACACGUCGAACCUGUCUCUCCUUAUAUACGACGUCUAAUGUCAACUCGUGAUCUCUUAAACCCUUAAAAUGGCGAAGAACAAGGACGACAUAAAGUAUGCAACGGCUCAAGCGAAGCUAUCGGAAGACGAAGCAAUUCGUGUAAGCUACAAACACGGGACACCAUUAGAGGGAGGCAAGAUCGCAGAGUCGGAGCCUGUAGAGCUGUUCUCGAGUGCUCAACGUAUCGAGAAGGGAAAAGAGCAGUCAGCAGCAUCCGGCGAUCAAACACAGAUACAACGUGACAUCAAAGAUAUCAAGGGAACACGUACAGACGAUAGUCCCCGCUGAUAGAAUCAGUUACUUGGGUAUA